AUGAUUGUGCUGUCAUGGAUUAAAAAAGAGACGUCCCAGUUAAAAACCUUCGUGGCAAACCGUGUAGCCACACUUCAAGACCUUUCGUGUCAGGAGCAGUGGAGACAUGUUUCAUCAGGUGAUAAUCCAGCUGAUCUUAUCAGUCGUGGUGUAAAUCCGUCCAAAAUGCUCGAGAGUAACUUGUGGUGGGAAGGCCCUGCCUUUCUAAAAAACAGUGAAUAUCCAUGCAGAGAAAUCUCUGACUCUGUGAUAAAGGACGAUGUAGACUGGAAACUUGAUUCAUCUUAUUUCGGUCGUUGCCUGGAUGUGAUUUCCAGUAUUGGAUAUAGAGCAUUAUUCCCUGUAACUAGUGAUAUAACAUUUUUGAACAAACGAGACAUUCGUCUAGACUACAAUAGACAGCACCAUAAGCUGAAAUAA